AUGACUGCGACCAGCACUCGCUCUACUCGUAGAGCUGAGACUCUUGUCGCCCUCCCUCCACUCCCACACGCCCAUCGCACCACUGCCACUGCCACUGCCGCUGCCACGCGCCUGCACCAGCAGAACUCAAGCCGGCCCCUCAAGCGCCUGCACGACGCGACAAACCUGAGAUACGACCUCAAAUCCCCAAAGAAGGCCAAGAUCACGGUCGAGAUCCCUUCAAAGAGCCAGUAUCAGGCCAGGUUGUUCCCCGAGAACGUCGAUGCCAGGCAGCACCACCGCCCGACCUCGACCCACAAGCCCCCUAAGCAGGACCAUCGUCACCCUGCCAGCGCACCUGCUCCUCCGCCGCCGCCCGCUGCUUCCCACAGCCCAGCACCCGCGCCUGCACCCGCAACCGGCGAUGCAGCCACCUCCGCCGCCGAUGACUCCGCCGUCCCUACAAAACACAGAGAAAAGGUCGUCAAUGGGAUUAAGCAUGAGCUGGACAGGCUACAGCCCAGUUCUGCCGACAUGGCCGCCAGUAACGGCCAGGGGCGCAAGCUACGGUCGCAAGAGGGCGUCCGCUUCAAGAGCGAACUGUCGGCCUACUUUCCCGAGUAUGACGAAGUGAUCGGAAACGUGCCCAAGGAAGAACUUGUUGUCGACACAUAUCCGUCAUCCGCCUCCACCUCGGCGCCGCGCCACGAGCCCCACUCGACCCCCUCUACUUUCCCGACCCGCAGCUACGGCGACGAACUGUUUACAAAUCUCCAUGAUUCACAAACAAUCGAUCUUAGUUGGUUGGAGGGCCAGUACAAGGGCAAGACGCUGACCGAUCCACUGCCCGACUCUUAUUAUGAGUCAAUACACAGAAAGGAGUCUCGGAAUGAGAAGAUCACGAGGAACGCAGAGAGGGGCCGCUCCCAGCAUGAGAAGGCCCAGGUCAUCCGGCUGCUCGACGGCCUAAAGGGCCCUGAUUGGCUCAAGACCAUGGGCGUAAGCGGCAUCACAGAGAGCAAGAAGAAACAAUUUGAACCUGCUCGGGCGCAUUUCGUCCACAAAUGCGAGGUGGUCUUGGACAAAUUCGCGAAGUGGGCUGCUGAGGAGAAGAGGCUCAAACUCGAGAAGGAGCGCGCUGCGAAAGAGAGCCGUGCAUCACAGGAGACAGACUCGUCCAAGGCUGAGGACGACGAGGAAGAUGACGAAUCGGCGGAGGAAUCGGCGGACGAACUGGAAGAUGGCGAGGAAGGUGGCGAGGAGGCGGACACCAGUGAUAGCGAUCCACCUGACAUGAGCGACGUCGACGCAUCGGCUAAGCAACUGCACGAGGAGGCCAUGGCCAGGUCCCGCUUGGCUGCAAAGUCAGCCAGACGACGUCCGCCUCUGGCGCUGUCACCGCCUCCUCCACAAGCAGAGUUCACUUCGUUCUUCAAGAAGCCAUAUCAGCGGGAUGCCGCGCUUAAUAAGUCUCGGCGACGCGGGAGGACGGUGCUCGCGUGGGGGCAGACUCUGCCUGAGCUCGAGGAGCAAGACUUUGUUCUGCCGGAAGAAUAUCGAGAUGAAGAGAUGCUCAAGGCGCGGGAGCGACGACUGAGGAUCCUCCGACGUGGCUCAAGGCAUCGUGGCUGA